AGUGACAUGGCAUAAUUUUCUACCCUCAAAGUUUAUCCAGGAAUCAAACACUUGUACAUAGAAAUGUAGCUCACUUCCACUGUGUGCUAACUUGUGUGAGUUUAGAGAAUCCAUUCAUGAACAUAACUUUUUAAGGUUUAUUCUUUCUCAGAUGUUUAUUCUUCUAUGUCUAAACAAUCCAUUCUGGUAUAAAUACAUCUCCUCUCAAUCUCAAAUUUCCACAAACCAAAUCAAACAAAAAUUUCCAUACAACCCUUCUAGCAACAAACCAAAUUACAUCAUAUAGAAAUGGAUUUGUUAGCAUCAUUGACAGAGAACAAAGCAGUUGUGAUCUUCAGCAAAAGCACAUGUAUCAUGAGUCACACAGUGCAAGCACUCAUGAGAAAUUUCGGAGCCGAGCCGAUAAUUAUCGAGAUUGAUAAAAUGGCAAAUGGAUAUCAAAUAGAGAGAGCACUGAUUCAGCUUGGUUGCAGACCAAGUGUACCAGCAGUUUUCAUAGGACAACAAUUCAUAGGUGGUACUGAUGAAGUUAUAAGCCUCAAUGUUCAAAACAAGCUUGCUCCAUUGCUUUUAAAGGCUAGAGCUAUUUUCAUUUGGUAGUUUAUAGCUAUUUAUAUAUAGCUAUGCAAAAACUCACUCCAAUUUGAUCAUAGAUAAGAGGUUUUGUUUGUUUUGUCCCUAUCUUUGGAUCAAAGUUGAUGAUAAACUAGUACUAUUACUAUGAGGUGAUUUGAUAUAGAGCUUCUUUAUCUUGCUAUGUUUGAACCUUGUUUUUCUUCUUUGUUUUCCCUUUUGAGAAGAAGAACCUUACUCUUUAUUGUUGUAUAUAUAUAAUAUUAUAUUGUAAUGAUUUUGCUACUUUUGUAUUAAAAGAUAAGUAAUCUAUUUUGAGUUUCUGCGGUUACUAUGUGAGAUCAUUUAAUUUUGGCUGAAGUUUAUCAACAGUGAGUAAUAAUAUAUUUUCAAUAUAUGGGAAUUUAUGAAAUUCUGUCCUGAAGAAUCAAUAAUUAAGAAACAUCAAUGCCCAAGUAACUUAACUCUAACAUGCAUGGACAAUGAUAGAGCAUCACUAAACAAAAGUAUAUAUGCAUUGUUUAGUACAAUGAUUGAUCUAAGUGCCAUCCAAUUUUGGCCUAUCACAUAGGGAGGUUUAAGAUAUGUGUGUACCAACAAUUGAUUGCUACAAGUAGUAAGG